AUGCCAAACAUUGUAGUCGUGGGUGCAGGAGUAUCUGGUUUGACCACCGCUUUACUCUUAUCCCAAAAUCCUACCUACAAGGUCACUAUUAUUGCGAAACAUAUGCCCGGUGACUAUGAUAUUGAAUAUACAUCUCCAUGGGCCGGUGCAAAUUAUCUUCCGGUAUCAAAUGCAUCGGACAGUAGAUGGGAGAAGAGAACGUGGUAUGAACUUGCAAGAUUAGCGAAGGAUGUCCCAGAAGCCGGGAUUCAUUUUCAAAACACUGUGAUUCUGAAUCGUAAUAAGGAUGCUCAGCGAACUACAGGUAAAUGGUUUAACGAGUUACUCUCCACUGACCCUUGGUUCAAAGACGUUGUACCCGAUUUCCGCGUUCUACCAAAGAAUGAGAUACCUUCCGGUGCGGACAGCGCCACCGCGUUCACAUCAGUUUGCAUCAACACCCCCAUCUACCUCUCCUACCUCGUUAGUCAAUGUCUAAAAAACGGCGUUGUACUUCAACGUAGUGCCAUCAGCCAUAUCUCCGAAGCCGCUGAUUUACACCACUCGGGCAACAAAUCCGACGUGAUUGUCAACUGUACUGGUCUCCUGGCCUCAAAACUUGGCGGUGUCAUGGACACAGAUGUUAUUCCUUGCCGAGGUCAAAUCGUACUCGUACGCAAUGAUCCGGGCGUUAUGUUGACCAUCUCCGGUACAGAUGAUGGAGACGACGAAGUAUGUUAUAUUAUGCAGCGCGCAGCAGGCGGCGGAACGAUUCUAGGGGGUACAUAUCAAAAAGGAAAUUGGGAAUCCCAACCAUGUCCAAACCAAGCUAUGCGAAUCAUGAAGCGAGCUGUUGACUUAUGCCCAGCUUUGACGAAUGGAAAAGGUAUCGAAGCUCUGAGUGUUAUUCGUCAUGGAGUGGGAUUGCGACCGUUGAGGCUGGGCGGGGUGAGGAUUGAAAAGGAGAAGAUUGAUUCUACGUGGGUGGUGCAUAAUUAUGGACAUGGAGGCUGGGGAUAUCAGGGUUCAACUGUCGUCCAAGCUGCACAAUCAAGCCCAGAUCUGAAUUUGACAGUAGCCGAUAUGAGCUUCUCAGUAUCACUUCGCUCUACGGGUUCUGAAGCCAUGGCAAAGGUCAUACUUGAGAAUCCGGACUCCCACGGCAAAAAAUUGCUUUUCAGUCCAUUUACGGGUGCUGCGCAUGUAGAUUCUUCAGGGAGGCCUUAG